GGAUGGGAAAAAAUUGGUAGCAUAUAGUAUAGGACAGUGUGGUUCAACGAACCACAUUGGACUAAUCGACGCCACGCUCCACUGCACACACUCGAAAUGUCCCAACUGCGCGACGUUUAUCUCAUCUUCUACAAUCUCUUUCAGGCCCUGGGAUGGGCGUUAUCUCUGUUCAGAAUUCUGAGCAACUUCGUCUCCACAAGAUCAGUUCAUGGCGCUUAUUCUUCUGCCGGCGAGUUAAUUUGCCUGCUGCAAACUCUUGCAUUCUUGGAGGUUAUUCAUGGGGCAAUUGGAAUUGUUCCUAGUGGCGCUCUGCUUCCUCUGAUGCAGUGGGGUGGAAGGACUCACUUUUUGCUUGCUAUUGUUCGUCGAAUUCAUGAGGUUCAGGAAUUACCGUCAGUCUUCAUAACUUUUGUCGCCUGGAGCUUGUCCGAGAUAAUCAGGUAUUCACAUUAUGCGUUGAAUUGCCUGGGAUGUUCUCCAAAUUGGAUGACUUUUAUCAGGUACAAUGCUUUCAUUGUGUUGUACCCUAUUGGACUUUUUCCUGGAGAAAUGUGGCUCAUGUACCAAGCGCUCCCGUUUAUAAAGAAGGAAAACCUCUACGCGGAUACCCUCCCUUUCAGCUAUGACAAGUUCGUAAAGGCUUUGCUUUUCAGCUAUCCAUUUUUGUGGAUGAAACUCUACCUUCAUUUGUUCAAGCAACGGCGGUCGAAGCUGGGUAAACAACAAAAGAAGAAGCCAAACUGAGGAUUGAAGUUCAUUCUGAUAUCAUAAAAAUGUACGGUAAGCCCGAAAUUCAGUGUACCAAUAGGUAUUUAAAAAUGCGAAAAGGAUAAUGUUUUUCCUUAAAGGAUAAUGUCUGUUUCUUGUGUUCAUAUAGCGGACGAAGGUGUAAUUAAUCAUAAUUCUUUUAAACACAUUUACUUACCAGCAACAGCCAACAGACCGCCACCCCAGGAAACCAAAUUUGGUUGCUGAUGCUGAAUUCACUGUUCUCUUCUUCUUACCUCUUCGAGAUACAUCGUACCCCUUGAAUUACUUUUUAUAGUCAGUAUGUAUCCCAUGUGAUAUAACUCUUGAAUAAUUAUUACUGCCACAAAAAUA